AUGGGUCGACAAAUACGGCCCGCGAGGGUCUUCCAUGCUGUUAGCCAGGAGCUGAACACGAGGAUGCUUCCCAAGUACCCUGUCCAGGAGCCAGUGUGGUUCCAGGUUAUGCGCGACAUUCCCCCUUCCGAGACUCUCACAAGGCCUGUUGCGUCUCGAAGCGCCCCUGCUCAUUCCAAGCAUCGCAAGCCGCACAACAUCUAUAAGCCCCCGAGGAUAGUUCACGAGGAGGAUUCGCUGCGAUCAACUUUCUACAAAGACCACCCAUGGGAGCUGGCCCGCCCGAGAAUGAUCUUGGAGGCAGACGGAAAGGACGCUCAGAGAUGUGACUGGAGCAAGGGUCUGCGCCAGCCUGGCCUGCCUCUGACCGGUGAAUGUGUUGUCCAACGCCAGCUUUGGUUCAUGUACAAUAAACAGAUGACCAAGGAGCAAGCAUACGACACCGCAAGAAAAGAGUUUUACGCCCUUCGUCAGGAGGAGGAGAUCGAGAAGCGCGUCGCCAGGGAGGAGGCAAGGCAUGUUGGUGCUUACUUUGGCAAGAACAGGCUGCAGAUCGGUCUGGACUUGGAGGACAAGGAGUUCGAGACCUGGAAGGGCUGGGCUGGACAGCGGGCAAUUCUGCUCGAGGCGUCUCGCAAUGCCAGCUACGCGAACUUUGGUGAGGAAUCAAGUGGGGAUGUGGCCGAUGCUGAGGCAGAGCCCCUUGCGGCUUGA